AAAAAUAUACAAGAAAAACGAGUUGACCUAACAAUCUGCAUAUUGCACUAGAAAAUAUGAGGGUUUUAAGAUCAGAUGACCAUUGCUUUCAGGUCGGUAAGCUUUCCCUGUUAAACAGCCAACUGCUUUAACAGAAAUGGUAUAUGCUUAUAGAUGAACUCCUAAUGGUGUCUAUAAUAAUCCUGGAAAGAUAAACAGGAAACCCUGAUGGAAUUUUUAUCUUCUACAUUCAAAGCCUUUGAAGAUCAUAAAAAAUACAUUCACACGUCCUUGUUACUGAUUUCUCAUUUAGACGAUCGGAAUUUAAAUCCUUUGAAAGAUAAUAUGGUGUCCCUAUUUCACCACAACCGCAUUUUUACAAUGCGUGUGAAAGUGCAAGGGUUUAAAAUGACUGAGAUUGAAGUCUUAAGACAAAAUUAUUACAAUGUUCCCUUGACUAAUUUUGUUACUUUUUCUUUGGGGGGAUAUUCUUCUGUAGCCACCAAAUUAGACUUGAAAAAAAAAAAUCCCAAAGUCCCCCAAUCAAAGGCAAUAAAAGAUUUCUCGAGGGAUUGGUGGGAUUUCAGAAAAUUCAAGGAGAAAUUCCACAAAACUACACGUAAGGAAGCAAUAUUUAGACGAAAACAGUUAAUAGGACUAAGAGAAUAAGAUUAAAAACAGUAGGAGGAGGGGAAGAGUUGAUAAAUGCAUGUGCAGGUGGGGGCCAAGAGGCCUAGCGGUUGGUAGUCUAACUGGAACAUUUGCAUGUGCUGGCUUUGAUCCUUGUAAAUGACCUGAAAAUAUGAAAAUCUAUUCUCGUUGCCUUGGCUUUCCCUCUUCAACGUGAGAAUUGCUUGCUUGUCUCUUCUUCCUAUUCAAGUCCACAUCCCACCGCCCCUAGACUUUUUCCUUUAUUUCCUAUAUAAACCCUUUCUCCCAUCCCAAUGUCACAAGCAUCAAGCACUAAAUACACCACCAGCCUUUUCAUUACACUCUCUCUUUUUCCCUCUCUUCCGCUCUCCUUCACCACUCACUUCAACUAUUAUUCCCAAUGGCAAUAGCAGCAUUGUCCGCGACUUCUCUGCUGCUUUUUGUCUUCAAUUUUUGCCUGCCCGGCACCUAUGGUGAUUAUGGGGGAGGAUGGCAAGGAGGCCAUGCUACAUUCUAUGGUGGUGGUGACGCAUCUGGCACAAUGGGAGGUGCUUGUGGAUAUGGCAACUUAUAUAGCCAAGGCUAUGGGACUAACACUGCAGCACUUAGCACUGCCUUGUUCAACAAUGGUUUGAGCUGCGGUUCUUGCUAUGAAAUGAGGUGUGACAAUGACCCCAAAUGGUGCCUGCCCGGAUCCAUUGUUGUCACUGCAACCAACUUCUGCCCCCCUAACUCCGCUUUGUCCAAUGACAAUGGUGGCUGGUGCAACCCUCCUCUCCAGCACUUUGAUUUAGCUGAGCCAGCUUUCUUGCAAAUUGCUCAAUACCGUGCUGGAAUUGUCCCCAUUUCAUUCAGAAGAGUCCCCUGUAUGAAGAAAGGUGGAAUAAGGUUUACAAUAAAUGGUCACUCUUACUUCAACUUGGUCUUGAUCACAAAUGUUGGAGGUGCUGGAGAUGUCCAUUCAGUGUCAAUCAAGGGUUCUAAAACAGGAUGGCAAGCAAUGUCUAGGAAUUGGGGACAAAACUGGCAGAGCAACUCCUACCUCAACGGCCAAAGCCUGUCCUUCCAAGUCACCACAAGCGAUGGCAGGACUGUGACAAGCUACAACGUGGCACCAGAAAAAUGGCAGUUCGGACAAACAUUUGAGGGUGGUCAGUUUUAGAGUUUCAGGACAAGGGGUCCUGAAAUGGAAGUUUGUGUAUGUAAUAACCAUUGUUUGAGACGAGGGGAAGGUAUAAGAGGGAGAGUUAGAGUAGGAGAGGCACAGCCCUAAUGUGGCUGUCUAUUGCUGUGGUGGUUUACUGGCACCCGCUCGGCCUUCUAUAUAUUUUUUACUUAAUUGAUUAAUGGCUGUGAGUUAUAGUUUAAAGUAAACAGGGAUAUUCCAUUGUAUUGGCUUUUAUUUAAUUCACAGCCAUGAAUGAAUAUCAAAUUGAAGAUUUCUUCACUUAAUUCCAAAGUCGACUUUUAUUUUAUAUUAGUUUAUAUGAAUGAAUUUGAUUGUAGAUCUCAAAUUAGCAAUUUCUUUUACAACAUUUCUCAAUACAAAU